UCUACGUAUGAAGAAUAUAAUUUAUUAAAGAUUUCUGUCAUUUAUAUGAUAAUAACUGUGUUGUAGUAACAUUAUUGGAAUUGAAAUAUAAGUCCAAUAUAUUUUCACUCGGUGUCUGGUUAAAUAUCAAUCCAGUGUUGAAAAUCAAUGAAUAUGUUGAUAUGAAAAAAAUAAAUUCAGAUUUAUAUAAAAUAAUAUCAUCCGUUUCCUGCUGAGUGAUUAUUUUGCAAUCUAUGAAAUGUGAGAUAUUAUCAUAUCUGCAUAUGAUAUUUCUUAUUUAUUAGCAGCAUACAAUAUUAUUACAGCAGUCGUUAACUAUAUGCCUAAAUUACAAUAACAGAUCAUUCAUCGACACUUCGAAAUGUAAAAUCUAAAGUCUAAAUAAAAGCAUAAAAUGAAAUAUGAUAUUAUGAUGAAUUCUCAGAUAAUGAAGAAAAACACUAACGCUGAUUUCAACGUAUCAGUUAUGAACGUUUCAUCAAUUUAAUGCACAGUUUUACUUCAAAAAGCACCAUUAAUUAAUAACACGCUUAGGAAUAAAAACAAUUUUCAGUUAUGAAGAACAUAUCUCUUGAUCACGAGGUAAAAUCUGAUACAUAUUACAGGAAUUUCACUGUCGUUGAAGCAGAAUCAACAACUGAAAUAAUAUGGUUCAUCCUUAUAUGUCUUGCACUUGGAAUCCUUAUUAGUGCGACAAUUAUAGGCAACGUUUUCGUCAUGGUAGCUAUUGUAAAAGACAGAAAUUUGAACAACUUGAGUAACUAUUUAGUGUUUUCUUUGGCCCUUGCAGAUUUGCUUGUGGCGUUGCUUGUAAUGCCAAUUGGUGCUGUGUAUGAAGUGAAGAAAGAAUGGAGCAUGGGACCAGCUCUUUGUGACUUAUGGACUUCUUGUGAUGUUCUUUGUUGCACAGCUUCCAUAUUACAUCUCUUAGCGAUAGCAGUGGAUAGAUACUGGGCCGUCACUAAUGUAGACUACGCCAGAAAUCGCUGCAAAAAGCGAAUUUACACUGCAAUUUUUCUAGUCUGGGCCAUAUCUUUUACCGUGUCCAUUGCACCCAUAUUCGGUUGGAAAGAUCCCGAAUUUAAUUACAGAAUAGAGAUUGAGAAAAGGUGCUUAGUAAGUCAGGAUUUAGGAUAUCAAGUCUUCGCAACUUGCUCCAGCUUCUACGUUCCCCUGAUCAUGAUACUCAUUCUUUAUUCUAGAAUUUUCCAAGAAGCUCGGAAUCGAAUCCGUAGGAGACCUGGUGCUGCAAGUCAAGCCAUGCUUCUUGUACAAAGACCUCCUCCGGCAUUGACAGAUUCUAAGCGCAGCUGUAAUUCCCCAACUCCAAGUUUCGAUCCACCUUCUUACGUUGUGGAUACAACAUUAUCGUGUCAGCUGGAGGAUAGUACUACAAUACAGUCACAAACAGUGAAUGGUAUCCAAUCAUCUAAACAGACAAGUAAUUCUCAAGUUUCUUCUUCUAGUGGUGGGGCAAUGGGACGUUUACUUCACAUUGGAAAAAGAGAGAAAAAACCAGAAAAUAAUUUAGCUAAACGUGAGAAAAAAGCUGCUAAAACUCUUGCCAUAAUAACUGGCGUCUUUGUGAUGUGCUGGCUACCAUUCUUUAUCAUGGCUUUAUUACUACCUCUCUGCAACGACUGCGAACCGAAUUUUGCAAUUUUUAGCGUAUUUCUUUGGUUAGGUUAUGCUAAUUCUAUGCUCAAUCCCAUAAUCUAUACUAUUUUCAGUCCAGAUUUUCGAAGUGCAUUUCGAAAGUUACUCUGUUCCUUUAAUCGAACACAACGACCUUCUCUGUAAGAGAUAAAAGACAAGAACUUGAACUCUAGAAGAUAUUAAAUGACGGACACGAUUACAUUAAAUGGACAAACUCUCUACACGUUUCUCAUAUUAUGAAUGUUAUAGAAAAGUGGUUUUCUGUAAAAGUCAUAAAAACUAUUAAUACGAUUGCACGAAUAUAAUAACAAGACCAAUAUGUUGUCGUAGUUAAUCAAAUUAUCAUUCUUCUCAGUUGUUCAAAUUCAUGCUGCUAAUAGUAGGCAACAUUAGCUUAAAGGUCUGAGAAGUUACUCAUUUAAUAAAUUUUGCUACUCUUAAAACAUUUUAAAAACCAGAUCUUGAAGUAUAUUAACCUAACGAGAUCUAUAUCGAAAUUUUCCAGUUCAAUUUUAAGACUCAGGCUUGUAAUAGGAAUUCAAAAAUAUAAAUUUCCUUCUACUACAUAUCGAUAAAUUAAAAUAUGCUAUCAAGGUUUUUUUAAUUUGUGUGAUAAUCAUGAUUAUUUUCUUAUUUAAAGCUAUCAUAUUUAAGCUCUUUAAGAAAACUUGGCACAAGCUAAAUUAACAUUUAAAUUAGCUGCAAUAUGAAACUGAAAUUUUCAAAAUUAUCCCUACAGAAGCAAACGAAUAUUUGUACUUCGAAACCAAGAUGAAAGAAAUACAAACAGCUUUAGUGUAAAUAAAUAUAAUUAUGAUACGUGGCAUAUACAUAUGGAAAAUAUGUGUUAAAGAAAAUGUUCCAUGCACUGACAUAAAGACAUUUAAACUGGAAGUUGAAUACCUUGGCUAAUUUUAAUGAGAUAUUCUAAGGUCAACACAUUUCAAACCAAUAACAAGUGCAAAAUUUCUUUACUAAUAAAAGGCACGGUCUUAUAAAAGAUCUCAAGCAUCAGAGACGCUCGUGUUUAUAAAUCAAAGUAGAAGCUUUAUGUGUCUGCAAACCGUGUUAUAAAUUGAAUUUUCAACGUCUUUAUUUUUAUCUUAACAAUGAUUUAUUCCAUUUUUUGAAAAUGCAUGAAAUUGUCAAUCGUGAAUAUUACAUGUUUUUACUCUGUGUGUGGAAGCUUCAUUCUAAAAUGGUUAUCAAUUGAACGUACUGAAAAUGGUACAUAUGCUCAAUAACAUACGUAUUAUAAAUAAAACUCGCAAAGCAUCCAUUGAUAUUUGAUGUUAUAUGAUCUGUUGUACAUAUCCAGCCCUAGAUAUAUUCUAAGAAGCAUUUAAGGAAAUGUCAAGAUAAGAAAAAUGCUUAUUCAUACACUUUCAACAGGAAGAUGGUCUUGAAGAACUGCAUAGUUUUGUCAUUGAACAGCUCAGCCAUUCUGUUCAUCUCUGUUUAUUGGGAUGUUACUGAUUGCUUGAAACCUGAAUCCCUUAAGCAACUUCCGUUUUAAGACAUCUGAGAUGAAUCUAAUUUCCACUUCUUCUGAAGGUCCUUGGCAGUUAUAAUAAGCAUGGACUCUUUGUAUUGGUCAUCCUCCUCAUCAAAAGAAACUUCUCUCGGGUUUCGCAGUGCUCUUGGUAAAGAUGGAAAUGCAGUUCUUUAGCGCUUACAAAGAAUUCUGACCGUUCAAUGUAACUUAUGAGCAGAAGUCUUCAAAGCUUGAAACAAUGCCUGCUGUAAAGAGUCCAAUGAACGAAAGAUGGACACUGAAGCGAUGGCUAUUAAAGCGUUACAAUUUGUGGCUAACGUAAGCAGUCAGAUUCCUCUGAUAGAUAUACUCAUUAUGUAGAAUGUUACUUGUAUGUUACUUGCUAAAACACAACCUCUUCUAGUAAAAGAUGGAAUUUUGAAAAGUGUUAAUCUUUUAGGAAAGUAAAUGUUUCUAUUAUUAAUUAGAACAUUCAUGGAGUCAUUUUAUUGCAUUGCUCACAAUUUUAAUAUGAUUGAAAAUCAGUUCAUUUAUGAGAGUUUCUAACUGAUUUAUCGAUAUAAAGGUUUAAAGUAUGAAAGCUCAAUGUUUAAAAUAAUAUGCGAUUAAAAGAGAAAGUACUAAAAAUAAUUUUCUAAAUAUGUGAAUCUAUCUUACAUUUGGUAUCAUUGAAGGCCAGAUCAAAAAGCUUAAGAAAUACUAAUAUUUUUUAUAUAUGAAAGUAGAUAUGGUCAAAAUCACUGAAUUUUUAGGUGAAUUAAGCAAAAUGCUUCAAGUUAAUAAAUAUAACACACGAAAGGAGAAAAAAGAUACUAAAAUUUAACUGACAUAUGUUACAGAAUCUGUAACUAUUAUGUAUCAUAAUAUAAAAGAAAAUAUUACCAUCUGCAGUCAUGAUUAAAUAAUUCUUUUCCAUAUAAAGCGUUUAAACUUCUUUAUUUUAAGACAAAAACUUUAUUAAUCAAGUCUUUAUCAAAAUUAUUUCUUAAAGCAAUGCAUCUAAGCCGUACUGAAGUUAUAAAAAAGAAACAGAAAAUGUUUCUGAUUUUUAAAAAAGGAAUGUCUGAAAAGAUUUUUUGAUCAGAAAAUCUAGCAGCUCAAGUUAAUAUGAAUACGUUACAACGUUAGGAUUGAGUAGCAAAAUCAUUUGAUACAGCACAUUUAAAGUAAUUUAUUUUAAAAUUGUUAAUUUAAUAUAUUUAAAAAUUAAUCAAUUUUAAAUUAUUAGCUAUUAGUUUUGAAUCAUUUGAAAUUUUUUGCAAUAGAAGCUAUUAUUUUUAUUAUAAUUGCGCAACGUUCGAAUAAAGCGUGUAAGAAAACUGAGUAACAUAAUUUAAAUUAACUUAAGAAACUAGUCUAUACUAAAUUUUACUAUAUUCCAUUCUCAAACAAUAAUACAUAUUUCAGUUUAUGUCAAGAUAGAUUUUUCAAGAGAAAAAUUUGAUCAGAAAACAAUUCCUUUCAAAUUCUAGUGCUUAAAAAUUAUUAUGCCAAUUAAUAUUUAUAUUUUGAUUGGAUAAUUUUACCUGAAAGAAAACUGCUGCUUUUCAUUAACAUAAACAAGCACGUUUAUUUGUAAUAUCACAGUCAAAUGCAAAAUUAAACUCCUUGCCUUUAUUGAGAAAUAAAGGGAUAAUAGCUUAAAUACUGAAUAUUUUCUAAAAUCUCAUGUUGAAACUGUAGAAUGUGCAAUGCUAAGUUAAUGUUACAGAAUGACAUUUUAUUAAACAUAAAAUUCAAAAGAAAAUUCAUUUUGCUUCAUUAUUUUUUUUAAAAAAGCAUAAUUUUUCAUUUCCUUUUUAACAAAGAUUUUUCAA